GCGGCCAUUCAUGUUGUUGGACUACUGUUGCAGGUGUUGUGGGUAUUGUGGGUCUACUCUGAAGCGCUAUGGACCAACAUCAGUCAAGAUCAAGACCAACGUCAGUGAAACAUGGAUUGUUCUCCAGAACUUGCUGAUGUGCAUAAUAUCCUUCUAUGCUGUUUACUACAUAGUGGUCAGUCUCUGCAUUGGUAUUCUCAGAGUACAUGAGGUUGACAGCCUUUUAGCACCCUUUGACUACACAACACAGCCGUCAUGGCAAAGUCCAAAAUACCUAGUGACAGUGAUCUCCAUGGAGCUGACCUAUCUUUUGGGAGGCCUGAUAUUUGCGUGGAUUGUCGAGGAGUGGGUGUGGGACUACGCCAUCACAGUCACACUAAUCCACAUCGGUCUGACGGUAGCAGUUAUGUCUGAUUUCCCGUCAACAGAACAUUAUUGGAUUGCCCUUGGUUCUGGAUUGGUGAUGAUGAUUUUCGGAGGCCAACUUGUAGCAUACAAGCUUUUCAGGAAUAAUUUUGUGUAUCCGGAUGAGCUCCAAAAUUUCUAAGAAAAACAUUUAGCUUUUCUUCUACAAAAUGAUGUAGGGUGAAAUAUUUUUUUAUAUUCAGUUUUUUUGUACUACACAACUUUGGUACUCUGUAAAUCCACACAUUAUAUUUUGCAAUUAAAGGUUGUUUGGAAGGAAUUGUUGAGAAUAUUAAACACUU